AUUGUGUUUUGUUGGCCAGCUGUAGCAGUAGUGCAGUAGCAGUAGGUUAAAAAUUUUUAGAGGCCCGAGUUUACCCUUACUUUUAAUCGUUAGAAAGAACAUUUUAACCGCGUCAAAAUGGACGAAGACUUUCCAAAUCCGGAAGAGGAGUUCGAAAUGAUGUAUGCCGACGAAUUGGCAAUGCUUCAAGAAAUGGAAGAAGGUUUGCCAAAUGAGCCUGUGGUGAGGAAGCCUGCUCCACCAACUGUUCGUCGGAGUCUCGAUUUCUGUGGAAGUUCUUCUACUCAGAUCACUGAUGUUAUAUCAUCCACUCCGGCUAACUCAGGGGUUGAAAAGCUAUCAGCCGCUUCACCGCCAUCACGUAAACGGACAAUUGAUGACAUCUUUGGUGACAUUGAUGACAUCGAAUUAGAAGAAGCAGCAGAAGGGCAUCAUCUCUCAGGAAAAUCUUCUAAACGGUCUUGCAAGCAGACAGUUGUGGACCCAACCUUUUUUCUGGAUGAAGAUCCUGGCCCUGAGUCCAGUCAUGGAAAAGAAAUGGAACUCAUUGACCGCAUUAAUGAUUUGCGAAAGAAAGCGUUUAUGGAAUGUCAGCAGGGACACAUUUCUUCACCUACAAGUAUUAAUUCAAAACCUUUCGACCAUUCUAGGCUGAAAGCUAGCAGCUCUAUAACCAAAGGAGUGCCUAAAUGGCCCUUUGUUUCUGUCACAAGUGAAUUAGGAGAUCGUGUUUAUGUUCGAUUAAGAACUGAGGAGUACAUGGAUGAACAGUGCGAUAAAGUUUCCCACAAGCGAGGUCAAAGUGGGCUCCUCAGGAGUAGCUUUUCAUCUCUGAAGGAUGAGGCUUUAAAAAUUUUAGAGGAGAAGCAAGAAUCUAUCAUAGCUGCUCAGGUGGCAGAACUGGAGACUUUAGAAACUUCUGAAUCUGCCUCAAGUAAAACUCAUGACGGCAACAAUAAUUUGUGGGUAGUUAAAUACAAACCAACCUCUUAUGCUGAGCUCUUAAGUGAAGAGAAUGUGAACAGAACUUUGCUGCAUUGGCUUAAAUUAUGGGACAAAGUAGUUUUCAAUAAAGAGAGAAAAACACAUGUUAAAGCUGUUAAAGAAGAUAAAAAGAAUCAGCGUUUCCAGAAAAAGCCAUUUGGGCAAGUUUUAACUGAUGAAUUAGAUGAGCAUGGAAGACCUCAGUUCAAAAUGGUACUGCUUUGUGGGCCUCCAGGUCUAGGGAAAACCACACUUGCUCACAUGGUUGCAAAAUUAGCAGGCUACAAUGUUGUUGAAGUAAAUGCUAGUGAUGAUCGAACACCAGAAGCAUUUCAUACUCAGCUGCAAGCUGCAACUCAGAUGAAAUCAGUUAUGGGCAAAGAGCCAAGACCCAACUGUUUGGUCUUGGAUGAAAUCGAUGGUGCUCCAGCGGUUUCAAUUGAGACCCUCAUUAAGUUUGUAUCAGGUAAGAAUGUUGGCAAGGGAAAGGGAAAGAAGAAGGAUGCAGGUCCUGGAAUUUUAAAGCGCCCUGUUAUCUGCAUUUGCAACGACCCAUAUGUCCCUGCUCUCCGCUCCUUGCGUCAGCAAGCAUUUGUUCUUCACUUCCCCCCCACAGCAUCAGAAAGGCUAGCUUCCAGACUCAUGACUAUAUCACGGAAACAAGGUAUCAAAACUGACUUGGGAGCUAUGUUAGCACUGUGUGAAAAAUCACAAAAUGAUAUACGAUCAUGCCUCUCUUUGCUGCAUUAUUUUAAGUCACAGAAUAGAUCUGUGAGAUUAAGUGACAUUCACCAGUCAAAUGUAGGCCAAAAAGAUAUUCAGAGAGGAUUGUUCUCAGUUUGGCAAGAAGUAUUCCAAAUCCAACGGAGCAAGGGUGGUUUUACUCAAGCUGCAGCCAAUGCUGUUGCCAGAAGCAAAGCCAAUUCAAGUAACCAAACCCCUGAGAUGAAGAGUGGUGAUUCUGCCAUCGCUGCCAGAAUUCAGAGAGUACUGAACACUGUGCAGAGUCAUGGAGACUAUAAUCGUCUAGCUCAAGGAGUGUUUGAGAAUUACCCAAACAUGAGACUUAGGGAUUCAUCACUCAAUGGAAUUGUGAAAGGAUUAGAUUGGUUUUCUUCAGUAGAUUUAUUGAACACUGAGAUUUUGUCAUCACAAAAUUAUAUUUUAAUGCCUUACAUGUCUUAUGCCUUUGCUGUGUGGCAUAUUCUUUAUGCUGGUUUGGCAUGGCCCAAAAUAAAUUAUCCCAAUGCUUCUUACGAGGCAUCUGUGAAAGAAGGUCACACAAAGCAAAUUAUUGGGGAACUGGUCAAAGGUAUGUCUCCAUCUGUAAGAGUCAACUGUAAUGAAACCCAAUUGAUCAUGGAAAUUUUACCUCUCCUUCUGGAUGUAAUUGUUCCCAAUUUCAGACCAGUUAGCCUUCAACUGUACAGCUCUCAAGAAAAGAAAGAUUUUUGCAGUGUUGUUUCCACUAUGAUUGAUUAUAAUCUGACAUAUGUUCAAGAGCGUACCCCCGAGGGUACUUACGUGUGUAAUUUAGAUCCGAAUAUUGAAGAAAUUGUUUACUUUGGUGAAAGUAAACCACCAAGGACCCUAUCAUAUGGCACUAAACAACUGCUGUCAAGAGAAAUAGAAAUGGAAAAAAUGAGGCGAUUUGAAAUGGCGUUCACCAGUGCCCAAAGCGUGCAAACACCUUCAAGCAUUCCACAGGAUAAAAGUCCUCCCAAAAAUGCACCCAGGGAAGAAGCGCCUGGUAAAUCCAAGGAGAAGGUCUCUCCAACAAAUGUUCCCAAUCACCUGCGAAAGUUAAAAGCAAAACCUGUUCUAAAAGAACUGCAAACAAAGGAUUUCUUUGGAAGAAUUGUGGAUAUCACACUAAGUCCAUCCACUGUUAAAGCAAACAGUGAAGCUGAAUUAAAAGGAGAUAUCUGGUUCCACUUCAAGGAAGGUUACAACAAUGCUGUACGGAAGACCAUCAAAAUAUCUGAGCUUCUUUGAUUUUGUGGGGGAUUUUCUUUGUGAUAAAAAAAAUUGUUAUCAUUAUGUUUCUCUUAGUACAUUGAGGAUAGUUUAAGUAGGAUGUCAAAUUGUGCACAGUGAUUUGCUUAAUAAAAUAAACUUAUUUUCAUUAA